AAGUAUUGAUUUUAACUGCACACAAUUCUCACUUUCAAAGCCUGAAACAGUGGUUCUCUUGUCAGCUGUAUGGUUCCAAUUAUUCACAGAGAAGCGUUGGCGAAAUGGCAGAUGGGCAAACAUUGAGACUCAUUGAGAAACCACGAAGUGAAAGCGGAGGGCAGGAUUUGAGUGAAGAUGACAAGGAAACUGAAGAAGGGGAACCGGUCCAGGCAGAUGGCAUAAAUUUUUGGCAGACGGCUAUUUCCUUAUCAGGUUCGUUUGCCGGCUUGGGUUUCCUUGCCGUGGAAGUUCUCGUCGUCAGUACGGGUUGGGACGGUUUCUGUCUGUUCUUGUCCCUGUACUUAGCUUUGUUCUACACGUCCGUGAUACUGGGCCGCUGCUGGAAUAUGGUACGGGAGAAAUGGGGCAAUGAGCGGCAUCCGUACGGCGCCAUUGGCUACGAGGCCUAUGGUGACUGGGCACGAAAACUUAUCAACUUUCUAGUGGCAGCCACCUGCUUUACCAAUGCCAUUGGUUCGCUACUCGGCUUCACGGAGCUGACCCUGACGAUAGGCGGACCGGCACUGCAGGGCACGCUGUGCUACUGGCCGCUUGCUUAUGGUCUACUUAUCUGUCCAUUUCUGUGGCUAGGUACACCCAAGAAUUUCUGGUGGAUUUUGGCAAACAGUUUCUUCACCGUCGUUCUGUCGGUGAUUCUGAUCAUCAUGUCCAUUUUCCUGGCCGGCGAUUCUCACUCCAGCGGGUACGCCAGCGAUUCUAAUUCCAGCGGGUACGCCGGCGCCUCAGACGAAACACAGCAAGAGAGCCAAUAUCUGCACCUUGCUGAGAUCGCCGGAACGGUGAUAUGGCUGGUCGGCCUGCACGGCUCUUUCCCGACCGUGCAGCAAGACAUGAAACAGCCGCAGGCCUUCACACAGUCCAUUAUCCUUGCUGACUUAAUGACGUUAUUUUUAUGUCUUCCUGUGAUGCUGGCCUUGUUCAUUGUCUAUGGUGACACGCUGACCAACGUGACGGGUAACGCCAUUGUCUUCACGCUGCUGCCCGAUGACGCCCUCAAGAAAGUCUCAGCCUUUCUCAUCUUAAUCCAUUUGGCUGGGGUCGUCUUGGUCGUGAACAACCCACUGUUCCAGUACCUCGAAGAGGUGCUCAAUAUAUCCCCGGAUUUCAGCUGGAAGCGAGUGGUGCUCCGCUCCUCCAUUCUCCUCGGCCAGGUCUUCAUCCAGGAGACAUUACCUCACUUCACCUUAGUGUCCUCCAUCUCGGGCGGCUUCCUGACCCCACUCCUUGCUCUACUCAUUCCCUGUCUGUGUUACAUACGUCUUCGGAGUCAACGCCAAGAAAAACCCUCAAAUUGGUUCGUGUUGGAAACAGUCGUCUGCUUGUUCAUCAUCGCAGCAACUCCUUGUCUAAUGGUAGCCAUCUUGCUCGGCACGGGGACGGCGAUUGCCCGCGGGGACACGGCGUUUACUGUGCCAUGUUACGUCAAUGCGACCCGGGCUGCUCUAUGAAUAUUGAGAACAAAACACUCUAGGACUCCGUGCGUGAACUAGUAUUGCGUCUUCCAAGAAACAAAGCAGAGUUUUGCAGCAUUUUAUAUUUUUAUUAAACUGAAAUUGGUUAAUAUAACGCAGGGGUUACAAUCAAUGUGCCUUUUCCUAGAUUAUGAAAAUUAUUCAUGAAUACAGUGAUCCAGUGAUAAUGCAAAUACCAAGGUGGUUAUCGUAUUUUUAAAUAUUUUUUAUAUUAAUUGGUUGAAUUGUUAAUGUGUUUAUUUAAUAUUUAUCUCAAUAUUUUAUGUGUUUUUUUUACUUCGUAAUGCAAAGCAAGUCUAACUGCUGUAGAAAUUCAAUGUGUUUUUGAGUUUUGUAAAAACCAACUUCAGUGUGUUAAUACCUUUCAUAUUCGUUUACUGCUCCGGUAUGUAUUAAAAAUAUUAGUUUAGGAUUAAUAAGGCACUUAAUAAAAGGUAUGUGUCUCCAGCUUCAGUUUUA